AUGGCACAGAAGCGACGGCUGCAUCAGACGGCUGCUAAUUGCACGUUCCGUCCAGUGUGGACUGAGCGGCGCGUGAAGAUGCCGUGGAUUGAGGCGUUGAAGUUGGAGAGGGAGGGGGCGGGGAAGGGUGGAAGUGGGAGCGGGAGUGUGUCGCCCAAAGUGGAUUUGAAGCCGAGGAAGAUGGGGGAUAGUUUUUAUCGGACUGUGCUACCUCUCGCCCAGGACCCAUGGCUGUUAGAUACAUAUCUAAAUUCCUCAGGGCAUAUCCGCUUGGGCGCCCUGCUCAUGGACCUAGACGCUCUCGCCGGCGUCGUCGCAUACGGCCACACUGGCGACGCAGUCAUGACUGUCACCGCCGCCGUGGACCGCAUCACCAUCGAGCGCCCACUCAAAGAGAUUUGCGAUCUGGAGCUCAGUGGACAAGUCACAUACGCCACGGGCCGCUCAAGUAUGGAGAUUUCGCUGCGGGUUGCGAAGGCGCCGGCUGUGCCAAGCCAGGCGGUUAAGAAGGAGGAUGUGCUUAUUACGUGUGCGUUUACGAUGGUUUCGUUGGAUCCGGCGACGAAGAGGCCGGUAGCUGUUGCACCACUCCUUGUGGAGACGGAGGAAGAAAGGAGGCUUUUCGAGCUUGGGGAGAAAAAUUACAAAGCGAAAAAACAGCUGAGGACGAGGAGUUUACUUCAGCAAACACCGAACGAUGAGGAGAGUGAUCUUAUUCAUGCUAUGUGGACGAAGGAGAUGGCGUAUCUAAACCCGCAAAAUCCUCUCACCCGCCCUAAAAAUCUCACGCACAUGAAAGAUUCAAUCCUCAAAUCAGCCCAGAUCAUGCAACCGCAGUACCGCAACAGGCACAACUUCAUGAUCUUCGGCGGCUACCUGCUGAAGCAAACAUUCGAACUCGCCUUCUGCUGUGCCGCCUCAUUUUCUAACUCAAGACCAACUUUCCUGUCCCUCGACCCCAGCACCUUCGACAAUCCCGUCCCCGUCGGCUCCGUCUUGUAUCUUAAAGCGACUGUUUCGUACACCGAGUCCCAAAUCACCGCCACGAACGCUGACGCGGCUCCCAAUGCCAAUAACAGCAGCAGCCGGGGCAGCAAAUUCACAAAAGUCCAAGUUCGCAUUGACUCAAAGGUGCGCGAUGCCGAGCACACGACGAAGAAACCAACUGGCGUGUUCCAUUACACGUUCCUGGUCGAGAAGGACGUGCAGGUCAUGCCGCAGUCGUAUAACGACUUUAUGAUUUGGGUUGAUGCGAAGAGGCGGGCGCAGAAUACGAAUAAGAGUCUGCUGUCGGGGAUUAUGGAGAAAGACUCGUUUGAUGGAAUUCAGGAGGGGUUGAUAGAGUGA